UCUGUGGGCCUGUGGCUGCUAUGAACUUCCCCUUUCCUUUGCCUUUCCCAUUCUUUUCCCAGUCUUUAUGAGGAGGAUAAGUAGCUCACUUCCCAUGCCUUACCCCUGAUACAAGCAAUCCGUAAUGGGAUGCUGGCAAGUGAUUGUUGCAAGGAUGCGAGUUUUUGAUCCACAGGAGCCAUUUCUUCGAAGGUGUAACAAGAUAUUCUUAGUGUGUUGUGCAGUUUCUGUCUCACUAGAUCCCUUGUUCUUUUAUGUCCCUGAGAUUGAUAAUUCUAGAAAAUGCCUUCGUUUGGACAAAAAGCUGGAAACAGUGGCUGCUACUAUGCGUUGCGCCAUAGAUAUCUUUUCCAUAUUCCACAUCAUUUUUCAAUUUCGUACUGGUUUCUAUGCUCGCUCUCAAAUAGUAGUUGUACGCAGUGAUCUUGUUGUAGAUUCCUGGAUGAUAGCAAGAAGGUAUUUGAAAUCAUACUUUCUGAUUGACAUUCUGGCAACACUUCCACUCCCGCAGGUGGCUAUUUUUCUUAUCAUUCCAAAAAUGGGAGGAUCAAACAUUUUGAAUACAAAAAAUCUGUUGAAAUUUAUCGUCUCGUUCCAGUUGGCUCCAAGGUUACUUCGAUUCGGCAAACUAUUUCUUGGAACAGCGAACAGUUCCAAUGGGAGAUCAGGACUCUCAAGGAAUAGAGUCACAGUGGCUCUCAUUUUUUACAUUUGGGCUGCCCAUGUUCUUGGGGGAUUUUGGUAUUUGUUUGCGGUAGGACGGGAAAUGGAUUGCUGGCAAGCAGCUUGUAGAAGUCACACUGAAUGUAAUAGCAGUGCAUUGUAUUGCAAUGGACUUUCUAAAGAUGUACCUUCCCAAAAGGUUCACAUGAUUUUGAAUUCUAGCUGCCGUACUGAUUUCGAAGGCGGAUCACCAUUUGAUUUUGGCAUAUUCAUUAAAGCCCAUAACUCUGGCAUCCUUAAGUCGACAAAUAUUUGGCCGAAGCUAAUGUUUUGUUUUUGGUGGUCUCUACAAAAUAUGAGCAAUUUAGGUCAAGACCUCGUAACGAGUACUAGUGUUCUGGAGAUCUGUUUUGCGCUUACCAUUUUUGUUUGUGGCUUGGUGCUCAUUUCAUUGGUCAUUGGUAUUAUACAGGAAACCAUGCUGUCAAUGAUGGCGUCAAGGAUGGCAACAGAGAAGAUGAAGAUGAAAUGGCAAAAAGUAGAAAGCUGGAUGGAUACUCAUUUUCUUCCGAACGAAUUGAGAGAGGAUGUUAGGCGAGACCAACAAGUCAAAUGGGAAAAAAACCAAGUUCUCGACGCAGAUAAUCUGCUAAAUGAUCUUCCCAACAACCUUAGAAAGGACAUAACACACUAUCUCUGUGGGGAUCUAAUAAGGAGAGUGCCUGUGUUUGAAAAUAUGGAUGAGCAAGUACUAGAUGCAAUGUUCGACCGUCUAAAGCUGACACUCUACACAAAGGAAAGCUACAUUGUCCAAGAGGGAAACCCAGUCGAUGAAAUGCUUUUCAUCACGCGAGGGAAGCUAUUAACGAUAACCAGUAAUGGCGGAAGAACAGGCUUCUUUAACUCUACAUACCUCAAGGCUGGUGAUUUCUGUGGAGAGGAACUGCUUACAUGGGCCCUAGUUCCCAACUCCUCAUCCAGUCUUCCUAUAUCCACGAGAACUGUCCGGACCCUUACUGAAGUUGAAGCAUUUGCCCUAGUGGCUGAAGAUUUGAAAUUUGUUGUAUCUCAAUUCCCCUGGCUUCAGAGUAAGCAAGUUCAGCAUAAGUUCAGGUUUUACUCACAGCAAUGGCGGACUUGGGCAGCAUGCAUUAUACAAGCUGCAUGGCGGCGAUAUAUUAGAAAGAAGCUCGAAGAGUCUCUCCGACAGGAAGAAAAUAGGUUGCAAGAUGCGUUAGCCAAGACGAGCGGAGACUCGCCAAAUUUAGGUGCCACCAUAUAUGCGUCGAGGUUUGCUGCUAAUGCACUUCGUGCUAUACCUCGUACGCGUAAGGCAAGGGUAACGGAGAGGCUUCCAUCGAUGCUACUUCAGAAGCCAUUAGAACCUGAUUUUACAGCUGAAGAAGGAUAGGUGUAGCCGCGGCCCGUGUAGACUUGUUUUUUUUUUUCUACUAUUUUUUUAAAAAUGUAUCUGAUUGUUAUUAUGUAGAGAGUAAAAUAGAACUACUUCAGCCACAAAGGAAUGAAAGUAGAGGAAUGAAAGGGGCUUGGAGUGUAAUUGAUGAAUAUUUCUCGUCGGUUGUAUGAGGUUUGUAUAACUUAUUGUAUAACACCAUCUACAUUGUGUAAUGAUAUAUAAGAUUGUAAUUAUUUUCA